GGCCAGGCACUCUGGUCUGCCACAAGCCUGGCGUCCAGCGACAGAAACGGGAAUCGCCUUUUGUCAGUCCUAACCUCCCCCCUCGUACGUCCUCUUGGGCUCGGCUGCGAAGCCAGACAGCCUGGACUGGAAAGUGGGGCUCAUCAAGGAGGGGAAGUUGCACCCCUGGGUGGCUGGAUGCAGCUGAAGCCUAAGGAAACCUUCUUUCGAUUCUCUUUUCCGCUGUUGCCUCUCCCCAUCCGGCUAAAUGGAUCGCUCCGUAUAUUUCCACCCCAGUUCUCUGGGUGAAAUGGAAUGUUCCAUUGCCCCUCCGGUCCACUGUCCGCGUUGCAGGGGACGCUCGCCCUGUUGCCAGGGAAAGCCCCGGACGUGACGGCUUUGCGCGACCCCGAGCAGCCCUCCCCACCCCAUCCGUCAUCCCCCUGCGCGCUCUCCUUGUCCCCUUUUCCCCCGUACCCCGUGGAUUCCAGACUAGGUACAAGUAAACAGCUGGCGGAACGAAGCCUCCAGACACAGGCCAGGUGGGAGCAUGCCGGGGCUAUGGAGGCAGAGGCUUCCUUCGGCCUGGGCUUUGCUUCUCCUGCCGUUCCUGCCGCUCUUGAUGCCCGCAGCCCCCGCAGCCCGCCGCGGGUCCUACAAGCCAGUGAUCGUGGUGCACGGGCUCUUUGACAGUUCAUACAGCUUCCGCCACCUGCUGGACUAUAUCAAUGAGACACACCCCGGGACUGUGGUGACGGUGCUUGAUCUCUUCGACGGCAGAGAGAGCUUAAGGCCCUUGUGGGAACAGGUGCAAGGGUUCCGGGAGGCUGUGGUCCCAAUCAUGGAAAAGGCCCCUGAAGGGGUGCAUCUCAUCUGCUACUCCCAGGGAGGCCUGGUGUGCCGAGCUUUGCUGUCUGUCAUGGAUGAGCACAAUGUGGAUUCCUUCAUCUCCCUUUCCUCUCCACAGAUGGGACAGUAUGGAGACACGGACUAUUUGAAGUGGCUGUUCCCUACGUCCAUGCGGUCUAACCUCUAUCGGAUCUGCUAUAGUCCUUGGGGUCAGGAGUUUUCCAUUUGCAACUACUGGCAUGAUCCUCACCACGACGACUUGUACCUCAAUGCCAGCAGCUUUCUGGCCCUCAUCAAUGGGGAAAGAGACCAUCCCAAUGCCACUGCAUGGCGGAAGAACUUCCUUCGUGUGGGCCGUCUGGUGCUGAUUGGGGGUCCUGAUGAUGGAGUUAUCACUCCCUGGCAGUCUAGCUUCUUUGGUUUCUAUGAUGCCAACGAGACAGUCUUGGAGAUGGAGGAGCAGCCGGUUUAUCUUCGAGAUUCUUUUGGGUUGAAGACUCUCCUGGCCCGGGGGGCCAUAGUGAGGUGUCCCAUGGCUGGCAUCUCUCACACCGCCUGGCACUCCAACCGUACACUGUACGAGACGUGCAUUGAACCAUGGCUCUCCUGAAGAUGUCCUCGGGAUCUCCAGGAAUUCCCCAGCCCAGAGAUCAAGUGGUGGCCUUGGGAAGCAGAUGCCAGCCUCUGGCAUGCCUGUGAACCACUUUGUCGCUUCCACACUGCCCCACCCCCCCACCAGGACUCCCUGAACCUUCCCCUCUGCUCCUCCGUGAAUGACAAGUCCUGGUCCCCUACCUCAUGUCCUCACUUGGAGACAGCUUCACGCUCUCCCUUUCUGCCAUGGCUGAGGUUGGGAAGCAAGCACCAGGUUUUUAACUGUGGCUUCUCCGCUGCUGCUGUUGCUUCUCCGGAUCUGGCUGUACCGGAGGAGAACCCAGCCCCUGCCCACCUCAGGGGUCUUCUUCCAGGCCACUCAGGACAUUUUUAGCUUCUGUUAUCCCCGUGUCCUUCUUUUCUCAACUUCCUUGUGGCCAGCCUCCACACCCUCUUGGGAGGGGCACCCGUAAGAGGGGGUUCUGAGGCUCCCCUAUGGGGACAGUUCCACUUUUGAAGUGUCAGUGUUGGGGAAUAUCUGUGGCCUGCGAGGCCCAUCUCAGGUUUGGGGCUCCCCCAGUCCCUAUGAUCAGUGUUGGGGUAUCCCUGGGAGCCUAGGUUCUUUGAGGCCCCAGCCCUUUUAACUACCCUUGAGCGGGUGGUCCCUGUAUUUAUAGAAAUAAAAGUUCCAUUUCCUCUG